AUGCAGCUUCCGCCGGUCCAAGCAUAUUCACAGCAGUCCCGCUUCCACUCGGAAACAGUCACUACGCUUUCCAAGGACGUGGAUCUCAAGGCGGUGAAUGUGACGAUCGGAGACAGCGAGCUACUCGUUGACUCCCGCCUGUGGCUCAAGGCCGGCUGUCACUACGGAAUGGUCGGCCGCAACGGUGUUGGAAAAUCGACUCUGCUGUCAGUCAUCGGGGACAAAACAUUGGUCGGGUUCCCCGAAAACAUCCGCACGCUCUACAUCCAGCAGCUGGAUGUGCUUGAGACAGACAUCAACGUCAUUGAUGCCGUGAUGGCCGCUGACUCUGAGCGGCAGAAGCGCAUGAACGACGUUGCUUCCAUUGAGCGGGCGCUUCAGUCGCCCGACGAGCUGCGGCACGCGCUGGGCGUGUACAUUGCGCGAGUUUCUGGCGAGCAAAUCCACCUGGCGCAAAAGACCGCCACGCUGCGCAGCGGGCGCCGUGGCAAGACCGCACGAGCAGCGGCACUCAAGGCCGAGCAGACGAUGGCGGAGAGCAUCAAAGCCGAACUCUACGGCGACAGCAAUUCCGACGGCUAUGUUGCUGCCAAAGUUCUCGCCUUGCUGUACGCCGAGCUAGAUGCGAUGGAUGCUCAUGCCGCCGAGGCUCGUGCCCGUGGGAUCCUUAGGGGCCUGAACAUCUCUGAGAAGCAGCAAGACCAGCCCGUGAGCCUCCUGUCUGGCGGCUGGCGCAUGCGCGUCGCGCUUGCCAAGGCAAUGUUUGUCCAGCCCGAUAUUCUGUUGCUCGACGAGUGCACCAACCACCUGGAUCUGGCGGCCAUUGCCUGGCUGCAGGACUAUCUGGUCGCGCUUGAGGGAGUCACCAUUGUGUGCGUCUCCCACGACCGCGACUUUCUCAACGCCAUUUCGCAGGAGAUCAUUAGGCUCAAUGAUAAGAGCCUCACAUACCAUCCCGGUAAUUACGAGGACUACGAGCAGACCGAGGAUGAGCUGCGCAAAAAAAAGGAGCGCCAGUACGCGUCGCUUGAGCGCCGCCGCGAGCACGUUAAAAAGUCGAUCGACAACUUUAUGAAGCACGCUCGCUCGACCAACGACUCCAAGGUUCUGGGCCAGAUGGCGUCGCGCAAGAAGAAGCUCGACCGCAUGGCGGGCAUAGACAAGACAGAAGACGGGAAGCGCUUCAAACUUUCGUACUGGGCAGGCUUCCAUGACACUUUGCGUCCCGAGCUCAAGCUGGAGCGCGCGGAGAAGGACGUCGAUUUUUCUAUUCCACAACCAGAAGCCAUGCGCCACUCGGGUCCCCUGGUGUCGCUCAAUGGCGUCAGCUUUGGGUAUUCCAACGCUGACAAGCAGGGAUCCAUUGCUGUGCUCAGCAACAUAAGCAUGAGCAUCAUGAUGGGCGACCACAUUGCCCUGCUCGGCCUCAAUGGCUGUGGCAAGUCGACGCUGAUCAACAUUAUCAAGGGGGAGCUCGUGCCAACAAAGGGCGCCGUCGAGCAGCAGGCCCGCCUGCGGAUUGGCCAUUACACCCAGCAUUUUGUCGACGAGCUCUCGGGCGUGCAAGAAUCCGGUCUUGCCAUGCUCAUGCGCAACUAUCCAGGCACAAAAGAGGGUGAGAUCAGAAAGUGGCUGGGCUCCUUUGAGUUGAGUGGCGCCCUGGCUACGCGCCCGGUCCACACUCUCAGCGGUGGCCAGCGCGCGCGCAUGGCCAUGGCAAUAAUGCUAUUCUCCAAUCCGCACCUGCUUUUGCUUGACGAGGUCACAAACCACCUUGACAUGUACGCCGUCCAGGGCCUCAUCGCCGCCAUCAACGAGUACGAAGGCACAGUGAUCCUGGUGUCGCACGACCGCCACUUUGUGCGCGAGACCGCCGAUGACAUCUACUCCCUGCAGAACGGCAAGCUGGCGAUUCUGGAGGAGGGGAUGGACGAGUACAUUGAAAGGUUUAUCAGCAUGUGA